AUGGAAGUCUUCUCUUGCCUGUCCCAUCUUUUGGAUAAGUACUUUCCCAGUAGACCACUUCUACAGCCACUAUGGGACCACAUGAGGCUUCGUUACUCUGAUACUCUCAGGUCCCCACUCUUUCCUGUCGUCCUUACCGUAUCAUCCUACAUGAUUUUCUGUAUCCCGUAUCUAAUCUUCAACCUCAUAGGGAGAAGAUGGCCUUUUAUCCACAAGUACAAGAUCCAACAAGAUAGGAACCCUACAGGAGCCAUGAUUAUCCACUGCCUUGGAAUCACACUGUACAACCAUCUGUUCUAUAUCUUCCCUGCUGCUGUUGCCCAGUGGUACUGGAGACCUCCAUGCCCCCUCCCAGAAGAAUCUCCAACGAUCUUGGAUAUAAUGUUUGGAGUGUUGGGAAGCCUUCUUCUUUUUGAUUUCCAAUACUUUAUCUGGCAUAUGAUCCACCAUAGGAAUCGAUGGCUUUAUAAGACUUUUCAUGCGAUUCACCAUGAAUAUAUGGCCCCUUUUUCCCUUGCCACACAGUGUCUUGGUGGUUGGGAAUUAGUGACAGUUGGGACCUGGACCACAUUAAAUCCCAUCAUCUUAAGGUGCCACCUUCUCACUACCUGGAUCUUCAUGGUAUUCCACGUGUAUGUCUCUGUAGAGGAUCACUGUGGUUAUGACUUCCCUUGGUCCACAUCUCGCUUGAUUCCAUUUGGAAUUUACGGUGGGCCAAUAAAACAUGAUGUGCAUCAUCAAAAGCCCAUGAGCAACUAUGCCCCCCACUUUACUCACUGGGACAAAAUUUUUGGCUCCCAUGCCGAGUUCAGUUCUGUCAAGGGUGUCCUGGAGCUUCCCACCCCUAACAAAACUUGCUGUGCAAGCAAACAAGAGGACAGUCUGUAUGAUGAAAGUGUAUCUCCUACAGAAAGGGUUGCUGAAGAAAGAAGCUAAUGUCCACUUAUCUUGAGAAGUUACAUUUGUAUUAGUGAUGAAAAAGAUUCUUAUUGGCUUAAUUCCAAGCAUCUUAAAUUCCUGCUGCAUUUGUCUUGCAAUUACAUCGAUGAUAGAAUGGCAAAUGAAAUAUAAAAGAAUCAUAGAUAGCAGUUUGAUGAUGUCAAGUGGCAGGAAGGUCCAGUAUUGUCAAAUCAGUUGGCAUAGGUACUGCUGUAAGGAUCUAUAGUAUUAAAAUAAUUAACUGAUAACACUUUUAGCAGUGGCAGCAUUUUCCAAAUACUAAUAUUACACAUGCAAAAGCAGUAUAUAUUGCUGAGGAUGACAGCGGUAAAAUAAAUGUGAUAACUUGCA